AUGAGGCCAUCCCUCGCGGCCGUCGGCGCCGUCCUCGCCCCGGCCGGCCUCGCCCAGGUCGUAUCCUACAGCGACUCCUCGGGCCUGACCUUUUUUACCGGCACGCGCACCAACCCGCCCUCCUCGUCCACCGGGCCCCCGAGCGGCGCCUACACGAGCUACGGCACGCAAAUCACCCUCACCGGCAGCAACGACACCACGACGGCCUCGUCGACGUCCACACCGACCACCAUGACCACGCCGACCAGCGCGUCCAACGGCACCACCACCUCGGCCACGCCCACCAACACGCAGCCCUGCAACAACUACGUCGAGUUCUGCACCCGCCGCUACAGCAACAUCAGCUUCGUCGGCGCCCACAACUCGCCGUUUGUGCGCCCGGGCAACUCGGCCUCGAACCAGGCGCUGCCGGUCAAGGUGCAGCUCAACGACGGCAUCCGCCUCGUGCAGGCGCAGAUGCAGUGGCCCACCAACGGCACCGAGCCGCACUUUUGCCACACCUCGUGCGACAUUCUCGACGCCGGCCCGAUUGACGAGUGGCUGACCGAGGUCCGGGAAUGGGUCGACGACCACCCGUACGACGUCGUCACCAUCCUCCUCGGCAACGGCAACUACUCGGACGCCUCGCUCUACAAGCCCUACAUUGAAAAGAGCGGCAUCCAAAAGUACGCCUACACGCCGCCGCUGCUGCCCAUGAAGCUCAACGACUGGCCCACGCUGCAGGACCUCAUCCUCCGCGGCAAGCGCGUCAUUAUGUUUCUCGACUACAAUGCCAACCACACGGCCGUGCCUUGGCUGCUCGACGAGUUCUCGCAGGUCUGGGAGACGCCUUUUGAUCCCACCGACACCUCGUUCCCCUGCACCGUCCAGCGGCCCCCGGACCUCAAGGCCGACGACGCCAAGGACCGCAUGUACCUCAUGAACCACAACCUCAACGCCGAGUUCAACGUCUUUGAUAUUCAGCUCCUCGUCCCCGCUGUGUCCCUGCUCAACCAGACCAACGCCGCCGACGGCAACGGCAGCCUGGGCAUGGCCGCCAACAACUGCCGCACCGACUGGGGACGCGCUCCCAACUUCUUAAACGUCGACUACUACAACUACGGCUCCAACAAGGUCAACGGCUCCGUCUUCCUCGCGGCCGCCCGUCUCAACAACGUCACGUACAAUCGCACAUGCUGCGGCAUAGUGUCUGCCGCGCCAGGCCUGGCCAGCCCUGCUUAUUGGGCGGGUGCUGCAGUGCUUAUGUUGACGGUGUUUUUGAACUUGUAA